UGAAAUCCCAGACACAACCUUUCUGUACACUCCUCACCUUCACUCCCAUUUGUGAAGAAAAACCCUAAUACCCUAUUGUUCCCAGUCGACACCCCAUCUGUUCCCCUCUCUCUCGCGCAACACCUACUCCGGCGACGGAGCCGGAGGUGCCGGCUGGUGCCGGUUGUUCUUGUUCCGAUGUGAUCUCAACCCCAACCACAACCACAAACCUCCUCCUUCCUCUCCGAUCUAAACGAAACCCGGUCACCGGUGCCGGUCGUAUACCGGCCACUGUUGUGGCCAUGUUCUCCAGCGACAAACACACACCUGUAACCCCUCACCCGUUCGUGUCUGACCGGCGACGAAAGUGGUAGCGUCGUCACAGGCGGCGGCGGCGGCCGUUGUUUCCGUUGAAGAUGACGAUGAUGAUUAAACCGAUGACAGUGCUGGGGAUUGACGAAGGUGAUGGUGAUGUUAAUGGAUCGGAGCGGCGGACGGCUGACAGCGGGUCAGCCGUUCACGGUGGUGGCGGCGGUGGCACUUAUUUCCGACAAAAUCUUACGAAUGAGGAUGAUGAUGUUCAAGUGUAGGUAGCAAUAGUGGUGGUGCUAUUGAACCGGUUAGAGUUUUGGUCUCGGGUUUCAACCCGAGUCAGUCAUGGUCGCAUGAGUUCAGGUCAACAGGGGGUGUGACACCACUGUCCUUUUCAUGAAUGAACCAUUUCCAGAUAAUUCCAAAAAGGGGGAGAAGAUCAAGUGGAAGAAAAAGGGAAUUGAAGAUGGUAUCUACAUUGAACCUGAAAAGGAUAGCCAAACCAAAGCUGAUGUAUCAACACACACCACCUCACCACACACCACCACAACCACUGCCCUACCACCAUCAUCAUCUGUGAUCACAUCACCAUCACCAAAACCAAAUUCACCACCGAAAACAGCCACCCCAUCAUCUCCUCCUGCCAAAAAGCAGAAGACAGCAGAUGUUACAACAUCUGGUGUAAUGACAACAGUGGUUGAGACACCAGUUGUUUUAACAACUAUCAGUCAAUCUCAAACCACUGCCACCAAAAUCAAAACCACUGCUCUACCAUCACCAUCAUUACCACCUGCCAUAAAGCAGAAGACAACAGAUGUUACAACAUCUGUUGUAAUGACAACAAUGGUUGAAACACCAGUUAUUUCAACAUCUGUUAGUCAACCAUCUACCACUGCUCUCUCCAUUCCUACAUCACAACCAAAAUUCCCUUCAUCCAUAAAGCUUUACACCAGAAAAAGGAAACCAAUCUCGGACGAUGAGGACAUACAUGAUCCUAUGGCUGCAAAAUAUCCACUGGAACUAGAAGCUAUAAAAAAUGAGAUGAGAUAGUUCUACACUGAGGAUGAUCCUUCAAACAGAAGAUUUCCUUCACUCAUAGGCUUCAUAGUCCCAGAAGAUAUGGAUGAAUAUCUCAAGCUCAAAGCAAGGCAGGCUAAGAUAAGAGCCAAGAUUGAAUAUGGAGGUCAAAGUGACGAAGCCAUUUCUGAAAAAUUGGAAUUCUUGCUCACAAAAGUUAAGCAGAUGGAAGAUUAUGCACAAGAUCUAAGCAAAGAAAAAGCAGAUCAAUGAAAUAAAAUGAGAAAAGAAUAUCUUGCAUAUAUCAUGAAAGAAAAAUUCUACCCUGCUGAAGAAAAUCAAUUUGAAGAAUGCCCAAUAGUUGCUUUAAAGCAUGAGGCAAACAGGAUUGAAAGAACUAAAAAUGAUCCAAGAAAGAAGAGGACAGCUCCAAAUUGGAACAAAUACAAAAAGCUCAUCGCUGACCUCACAUUUGAAUAUAAAAGAAAGAAGCAAGAACUGGUGGAUGCAAAAGUGGACUCUGCCACAGCCAUAGCAAAAUAGACAAAGCAGUACACUGAGGAGGCUUAUGAAAGGCUUAAGAAAAGGAGGAUAACAGUCUCAGCCACUCCAAUCAAGCCCGGGUACAAAAAGCUGGAACAACAGAUAAAUGCUCUUCAAUCACUGGUCACAUCAGUAGAUAAUCCUAUCCUUGUGACAAACCAAGAAAAAGGGAAAUUGUUGACCAGUGAAGAAGUGAAAGAAAAGGAAGCCUAGUACUUCACAGAAGCCAUCAAGAAAAUGCAUCUAAAAGAAGACAGAUUAGCAAAGCUUCAAGACCUUGCCAAAAAGGUAUUAACCAAACCUACAUCACCAAAUGACUCAGCAGAAAUAUCAGACAUUGAGCCAGAUCAACAAAAGAGACAAGGGCAGAUUGAAAAAGAGACUGCAGAAGACAUAGCUGCAGCAAAUGAUGUCAUUGAAAUGGCCUUCAAACAAAUGUCUGAUAGCUUACAACUUUUCACAAGACCAAUAUCACCAAACUCAUCAGGAAAUAAAUAUCUCCCAAGAAACCCAUUAAGAUCAAAAAUACUAAAGUGGAUGUCUGAUCAAAAGACCCAUGUAUUGACCCUGGUCAGAUCCAAUGGUGAAGUGAAGUACAUAUCAAGGAAAGAAGCACUAGGUCU